AUGGAAUCUCAAAAAUAUGGAAGGAAUGGAAGCAUAGCAACAGUGGAAACACACACUGAAACAAUUGAAGAUUGCGUACGUGAAGAGAAGAGUGGAAUCAACGUUGAUAAGUUAGUUUUCCAUGACCCUUAUAGUACAAUGAUUGAAAUCUGCAUAUUCUACCAUUGCAAUAUCCAAAAACCAACAGCAUCAGAUUCAACAAGUGAUGUCAAUGGAGCAGAAGACACAGUAACUCACCCUAUAUCCUGUGUUAGAAACCUCUUAUUUAGCUUGGUACUUGAGGUCCUCCAUAGCAAUAAUUCCAUCAAACAGGUCAAACAUGAUAAGAACACGAAAUUAAAAGCAGAAAAUAGCCAUAAUACAAAGGCUUUUCAAGCUUAA